GCUGGUCCGAAGCACGCCGCCGCUGCUACUCAAGAGGUCGAACACGGGUGAGAUGGAGCCCUCUUCUGUUGGACUGUUAGUCAACACCACCCCCAGGUCCACUGGCAACACUUCCCAUCUGCAUGGGGAGCUAUUCUACCUGAAGAAGCUGGCCCACCUGGAUGAGGGCCUCUACAAUGACUUCUACAGUGUGUGGAUCGCCCUCGUGGUCAUCAACAUGCUCAUCUUUGUGGUCGGACUGGUCCUCAACAGCCUGGCUCUGUACGUCUUCUGCCUCCGCACCAAGCCAAAGAGCACCUCGGUGGUCUACACCAUCAACCUGGUGGUGACCGACCUGCUGGUAGGUCUGUCUCUGCCCACCCGCAUCAUUCUGUACUACAGCGGAGGCAAGUGUCUCAUCUGCUCCUACGUGCACAUCUUCAGCUACUUUGUCAACAUGUACUGCAGCAUCUUGUUCCUGACCAGCAUCUGCGUGGAUCGCUACCUGGCCAUCGUGCAGCUGGAGGCGUCUCGCAAGUGGAGGAGCCCCGGCGUCGCCAAGGCCAUCAGCUUCUGCAUCUGGCUCUUCGCCUUCGUGGUCACCUACUCUUUCCUGACCACCGCCUUCAAGCACGGCGCCUGCUGCCUAUCCAAGCUCUUUGCCCUGACUGUCUUCGAGUUCUUCCUGCCGCUGGUGGUCAUCGUGGUGUUCACCGUGCGCAUCAUGUGCGCCUUGGCCAGCCCGCGGCUCAUGCAGCAGAGCCGUGACCGCCGCAUGCGGGCGGUGCAGCUGCUCCUCACCGUGCUGGUCAUCUUCACCAUCUGCUUCACUCCCUUCCACGUGCGCCAGGUGCUCGUCUACUUCUACCCAGACAUGCCCCACCACAUCAUCAUCUACCACGCCACCGUCACCCUCAGCAGCCUCAACAGCUGCAUGGACCCCAUCGUCUACUGCUUCGUCACCAACAACUUCCGAGCUACCAUGAGGGGUAUUUUCCGCAAGGCGGAGGCCGAGCAGACGAGCGGCGACAUCGUCAGCAUGCAGCGGAGCUCCAAGGGCUCCAAGGGCUCCAAGGGCUCCAAAGGGUCAGGGACACACACCGGUAUCACCCACAGCAUGAUGAUGACGAGCCUGGCCCCGCCCCUGCAGGGAGGCCUACCGGCAUGAGAAAGGGUGCGAGACACCCGGGACCGAUCGGACGACUGAUGGACUCGGACGAUUCGGCAAGCCCCGCCCACCAGGGUGGAGAGCGGGAGAAAGCGCCCUCGUGCGGUUUAGGGGCCGGCGGUGCCGUGUCCUCCGUUCCCCGUACGCCUUCGAAACUUCUGCGUGCAGGUGCACGGGCAGAUUUAGAAACAGGACUAAAAUAUUACCGUUG